UCAGGACCUUGAAGAUGUAGAUCUUGUACGUCUCUAUGCUCUUCUUCGAUUUCUUCUUCGAUUUCUUCUCGUUUCCUCCUUCUUUCGUUAUCUUCUUCUCCGCCUUUGGUCGCUUCUCCGCCGGUGCUUUCUCUCCUGCCGGCUUCUUCUCUGCCGGUUUCUUCUCCGCCGCCUUUGGUGCCAUUGAUGAUGACUUUAGUCUUUAGAGAGAAACUAACGAAAUUGAGAAUUUUUGUUUGAAGAGUAAAAUGAAAUCAAAGACUAGUCAAUGAAGAGAUGAAUGAGAGAGCAGCGAUUUUUAUAUAGAGGCUUUUCAUUGGUUACUUAAGUUUCACGCGGAUUGAUAACGUGUCAUUCAUCGGGAUACACAAAUUGAGAGCCCGCGACAAAAUCGAAGCUAAACCCUAACUUUGCGAUUGUUUAACACUUUUUUCCGACUAUCUGAUGGGGAGCGAUAAGCAUGUGGAAUCAAACCACCGCAAGCGUCGUCGGUCGUCUUCUUCGUCUGAUGAAGUCGUUAAAUCUUCGAAGCGGUACAAGCACCAUCAUCAUCACAAGCAUCAACACAGUCACCAUCGUGAUGAUGAUAAAGUUCAAUACAUCGAUGAAGAGUAUGUUUCUCCGGAUCCUUCCGGAGUUGGGAACGGUGGUGAACUUGAGAUGGAGGAAGGGGAGAUUUCGAACAAGAGAUUAGUGAGGGGAAGAAGCAGUACUGAUCAGAGAGAUAGUAGCAGAGGAGAGAGGGAUAGAGACAACGACAGAGGCGGGAGGAGUAGAGAUAAAGCCAGGAGUACUAGUAGAGAGGCGAGGAGGGAGAAUGAAAGAGAGAGACGGAGAGAAAAAGAUAGGGAUAGAGGAAGGAGAGAGUUGGAGAGUGAUCGGGAGAAGCAUAAAAGUGUUGAUGAUGGAUAUGGUGAAGUGAGGCAAAAACACUCAUCAAGACAUGGUGCAGAGGAUGACUUAAAGAUAAGAAGCUCAAGUUCACUAAAGGAAGGCCAUGAUACUAACGGAGAAAGGUCCAAAACUGAUGGAUAUGGUGAAGUGACGCAAAAACACUCAAGACAUGAUGCAGAGGAUGACUUAGAGAUAAGAAGCUCAAGUUCUGAUCUAAAGGAGGGCCAUGAUCCUAACGGAGAAAGGUCCAAAACUGAUGGCAAUGAUGAUAACGGUGAAGAUCUUGUUUGGUUUUUUGAUCAAGAAGCUGAAGACCUGAAAAGAAUCCAGCAAAGCAGGAGGAAAACGCAAGAGAUAUUGGAGAAACGUAAGAAAGAGUUGGAGCAGUCCUCUAUUGUGGCAGAUGCUCUUGGAAGUGGUGGUACUCUAGGGCAUGUUGCUUCUACAGUUAAAAAAGCUAAACCUGAGGUGGGUAUUGAUGUCGUAGAUAAUGAAGUCGCCAAGCUAUCAUCGGCAGUUUGUGAAUCACCUGCGCGGCUUGUAAUAUCAGACUCAUCAGAUAGGACACUAGCUUCCGUAGGGCUUGGGGAAGACAGCCCAAAGAGUGACAUGUUCAUUGAUGAUAUCUUUGGUGAGUCUCCAGCUGCUGGUACUCGUAAAGGUAAUGGCCUUCUUCCUUUUGUAAGGAGUGGACUCAAUGAUAAUUGGGAUGAUUCAGAAGGUUAUUACAGUUAUCAACUUGGUGAACUACUUGAUAACAGAUAUGAAAUCAUGGCUACUCAUGGAAAAGGUGUCUUCUCUACCGUGGUGCGGGCAAAAGACACAAAAGCUGAAGAAUCUGAACGUGAGAAAGUGGCUAUAAAAAUCAUCCGGAACAAUGAGACAAUGCAUAAGGCCGGUCAGGCUGAGAUACGGAUAUUGAACAAGCUAGCUGGCUCUGAUCCAGAGAAUAAGCACCACUGCGUUCGUCUUCUUUCGACUUUUAAGUAUAGGAACCACCUUUGCUUGGUGUUUGAGUCUCUUCAUUUGAAUCUCCGUGAAGUUGUGAAGAAGAUUGGUGUCAACGUUGGUCUACAACUAUCUGAUGUUAGAUUGUAUGCUGAGCAGUUAUUCAUAUCCCUUAAACAUCUCAAGAACUGUGGGGUUCUUCACUGCGAUAUAAAGCCUGACAACAUACUGGUGAAUGAGGAAAGGAACAUGUUAAAGCUUUGUGACUUUGGUAGUGCAAUGUUUGCUGGUGAAAACGAACUUACACCAUAUCUUGCUAGUCGCUUCUACAGAGCUCCAGAAAUCAUUCUUGGAUUAGCCUACGACCAUCCGUUAGAUAUGUGGUCAGUUGGUUGCUGUCUGUAUGAGCUUUAUUGCGGGAAAAUUAUGUUCCCUGGCUCAACAAACAAUGAUAUGUUACGCCUUCAUAUGGAACUCAAAGGCCCCUUCCCUAAAAAGAUGCUUCGCAAGGGAGCAUUUAUCGAUCAGCACUUUGAUCAGGACCUAUGCUUCUAUGGUACAGAGGAAGACAGUGUUAGUGGAAAGACAGUAAGGAGAAUGAUGGUAAACAUUAAACCAAAAGAUUUAGGUUCAGUAAUUAGACGUCGUUAUGAGGAUGAAGAUCCCAAGGUCUUGGUUCAUUUCAGAAAUCUUCUGGACAAAAUUUUCACACUAGAUCCUCAAAAGAGACUUACAGUGUCACAAGCAUUAGCUCACCCAUUCAUCACGGGCAAGUGAACCUCAUAAUGUUGUUGC